UUAAUUUUCUUUUAUCGAACUUUAUUAUAAAUUUAGCACUUAUAAAAAUAGAAUGACACUGAACCGAAGAAAGGGGGUACACAAGAACAGGAACUAGAAAAAGAACGGCCGGAGCUGGCUGAAGUCUCGGCUUAUAUGCGUUUUGGUUUGAGGAUGUUGAGGAGCUCGGAGUAGGUUAUGACGUGGAAAAGUAUCCGAAGGUCGGGGGAUCGAUGUCUUAUGUACGAUGUAAACUAAGUUGUGUCGUAGCUUCUGUGUAGGCUGUGAUGAUAAGGUGGUGAUGUAUCCAAAGGAGUUCGAAGCUCGGGGAUCGAUGUUUUAUCUCUGAUGUAGGUUGAGAUGCGAUUGAUGUCACAUUAUCAUGGUCAUGUGAUUGGAAUAAAAGGACCUGAAUUUCGUGAUAUUCUUAUCCAGUUAGAUAAUAUAACUAAGUAUCUUCACAGUAACAUAGAAUACCAUGGUUUAUACGUUCUUAACAUUGAUCGUUUGACUGAUUAUGGAAUGUAACAUCGUAAAAUGUUUGCUCGAUUCUGGGAAUGUGGCAACGAUGGGAAUUCCAAUCGUAGGAAAAUACGGAGCAUCCGUGGCAAGGAUAUGGUAAAGAAGAGGUUGAUUCCUGAAGAAAGAAUAACGAUGUGUCAAUCUCCCUCUCGAGUGCGUAAAUAUUAUAUACAGAGAGGUACCACAUACUAUGAACGUAUGAUAACGCGAGUGUGAAGUAUCUCUGUUGGAGCAUUGCAAAAUAUUCGUAAAAGUGAGCAUCGUUGAGUGGCAUUUCUCAGUUAGCCAUCAAGCGUACAAGUAGAAGGUUCUAAAGAUUUACGUGAUUGAUUUCUGAUAAUUCGGUGCGUACAAAUCAAUGACUUUUAGGAUGAAUUAAAGUUGCACAUGCAAACACGAGCAAACAGUUUUCACCGUAAAGGUAACUUUUAUGUAAUUUACGCGCAAAAAGUACUUAUUUCUGUUACCACGCUAUUGCUGUUUUGUAAAUUUUAGUAGCACAACUAUCGGUAAUGUGCAAUAAAACAUGCAAUAUAAUAGAUAAUUGUAAGUGAAAUGACAAGGUGAUGGUAUAAAUAGGUACUUCGACGAAAGUUGGUACAAGUGUAUCUACGUUUCUCAGGAGUGAUGAGGACAAUGACUGGCUUCAAGAUACUGUUCGCGUGUUUAGCUUUAAUUGUCCUCCUGCAUCCAUCAGUUGAAGCGGGGCGCACUAAAGCAACCUCGGGUGUGCCCUUGCGUCCGCCACAUUGUGGUUUCAGCAACGUUACGCACAAUAGGAUUGUUGGUGGUAAACCAGCUAAACUUGGUGCUUGGCCAUGGAUGGCUGCAUUAGGUUAUAUUAAUUGCAAUGAACCAGAUGGGGAACCUUAUUGGGCCUGCGGAGGUUCCCUGAUAUCGGCUAGGCAUGUUUUGACCGCAGGACAUUGCGUAGAAAUUUUUGGAUUGUACGUGGUUCGUAUCGGGGACUUAGAUCUAGGACGAGAUGAUGAUGGAGCGCAUCCUGUUCAAAUAGAAAUCGAAUAUAUACUAGAACAUCCUGAUUAUACUAACGGUACACACAAUGAUGAUAUUGCUAUUCUUAAACUGAAGAAAAAUGUUCCAUUUUCGGAAUACAUACGUCCUAUUUGUCUCCCUAUAGACCAGCCCUUACGAAAUAAUAACUUCGAGGGCUACCAUCCUUUCGUUGCUGGAUGGGGAACGGUAAAAUUUGGUGGAGAUUUGAGUGACGAAUUACUGGAAGUACAAGUGCCAGUGAUUGGCAACACCGAAUGCAAGAAACGUUAUUGGCCAAUUGAUAAGCAGCGUAUCACUACAAAAGUAAUAUGCGCCGGUGAGAAAGGAAAGGAUGCUUGUGAAGCUGACAGCGGAGGACCACUGAUGAUACCACAGCAAUUCACCUACUAUCAAAUAGGUGUUUUGUCCAGUGGUCACAACUGUGGCACUGUUAGAUUUCCCGCCGUUUACACUAGGGUCACGUCGUACUUUGACGACUUCAUUCUGCCAGUGUUGCAAAAUUAUUAGUGUCUCCUAAAUAUCAUUUUUCGUGUACGAAAAGUAAAACUGAAAUUUAUAAUUGUGGAGAUAAGAGUCAGCUCAGACUUAUUGUUUUGUGUGGCACGGAUUAUAGUCUUAUCAUGCAUGAAAUGUCACUUCAAAGCAACACUAAUUUUUUAGACACGCUAAAACUGCACGACUUAGAGAUAUAAAAAUGAUAAACGAACAUUAAUUAAAUUACUUUUUCCGCUUCUUUUUUUUUGAUGGUAAUAAUAAAUCAACUUUCGCAAAGCUUUUAUAAAUCUUGUUUCUGAUGUAUCAAGACCAUAUUCCACUUAGAACGUAUACUCCUUGUACGUAUAUGCAAAAUUUUGGACUACUCUUCAUAAGUUAGAGAGCUUCCAGAAGUUCGGACACGGAGAGUGCAUAAAAUACAAGAUAAACCUCACGUCUUACAAAACUAUUG